UCUCUGUGCUGGUUUCUCAUCCGAAAAAGAAAACCAGUAAGCUAACCGAACUGAGUUACUAGGAUUUCCAGCAAUGGCCUCCUACCAAUCCAUCGUCCCUACCAUCCUCUCCCUCCUCUGCCUUGUGUCCACUGCUUUUUCCCAUUCGCUCAUCCAAUUGGUCUCCAGCAAUCGCAAAAUCCGGGUAGACGAUGAUCUCUACUGUGACAGCUGGAGGUUAUCCGUCGAAACCAACAAUGCCGGGUACUGGUCCACCGUUCCGUCGAGGUGCGAGAGCUUUGUGAAGGACUACUUGACCGGCGAGCGGUACUUGUCCGACUCGGAGGUCGUGGCCGAGGACACACUCGCCUUUGCGAAGACAGUGAUAAUUGCUAAAGAUGGGAGGGAUGGGUGGGUGUUCGACAUCGAUGAGACUUUGCUCUCGAACCUGCCGUUCUACAAACUCCAAAGUUUCGGAACGAAGACCUAUAAUGAGACAUCUUGGGACGAUUGGGUGAAAUUGGGAGAGGCCCCAGCUUUACCAGCAAGUUUGAAAUUGUACAAAGAGAUCGUACAGCUGGGGUUUAAGACAUUUCUAAUAACCGGAAGGGAUGAACAUCAAAGGAAUGUGACAGAGAAGAAUCUUUUAUCUGCUGGGUACACCAACUGGGAAAGGCUUAUCUUGAGGGGGCCUUCAGAUCAGGGGACAACGGCAGUCGCGUACAAAUCUGUAAAGAGAGCGGAGUUGGAGUAUCAAGGUUAUAGGAUUCAAGGAAGUUCCGGUGACCAGUGGAGUGACUUGUUGGGCUUUGCCGUGGCCAAACGGUCCUUUAAACUUCCGAAUCCCAUGUAUUAUAUCGCAUAAUAAACUUCAAUGAUGCGGUGAUAAUUAUUUGAUAUUUUCCAUGUAGGUCGUGCUAGAGUCCAAUAAGGAGUAUAUAUAUCUCCUUAGAUUUUAUUUUCCAAUAAAGGGUUAGAUUCCUUCCUUAUUAGAUUUGUCAGUACUGGAAGUCAAGACCUAAUUAGUCUAUUAUGUAAACUAUAAUAAUAUAUUGUUUCUCUAUUUAUGAGGAGCAAUCAAUAUGAAAAGUAUGAGUUUAUUAAA